GUCUCCGACUUAUCUACCUAGUAGUCUGAAUCUCUUUGAGUUGUAGCCAUAACUUUGACGAUAACCUAACCUUCAACCCUUUAAGACCUGCUCACUUGCCUACUCAUCCACUCACCUGUUCAGCGUACUCACUUAGUCACACUUACUUACUCACUCACCUAACGAAUAACCCACGAUGGCUCCCAAGUCCUUCAAGCUGAAUACCGGCCAGGAGAUCCCCGCCAUCGGGUUCGGCACAUGGCAAGCCGCCCCCGGCGAAGUCGCCGCCUCGGUCGAGUACGCCCUGCGCGUGGGCUACCGGCUGAUCGACGCGGCGUACUGCUACGGGAACGAGGAGGAGGUGGGGCAGGGGCUCAAGGCGGCGUUCGCCUCGGGCGUGGUGAAGCGGGAGGAGGUGUUCGUGAUGACGAAGCUGUGGAACACGUACAGCGGGCGGGCCGAGGUCGGGCUCGACAAGUCCCUCCGGGCCCUGGGGCUGGACUACGUGGACCUGUACCUCGUGCACUGGCCCGUCGGCAUGAACCCGCGCGGCAACGACGACCGCUUCCCCAAGCUCCCCGACGGCUCCAGGGACAUCCUGUGGGACCACGACCACGUCGCCACCUGGCGCCAGAUGGAGGCGCUGCUGCCGGGCGGCAAGGUCAGGGGCAUCGGCGUGUGCAACUAUAGCGAGGUCUAUCUGAAGCAGCUGCUCGCGCACGCCAAGGUCGUGCCGGCCAUCAACCAGAUCGAGAACCACCCGGCGCUGCCGCAGCAGGAGGUCGUGGACCUGUGCCGCGCGAAGGGCAUCCACGUGGUCGCGUACAGUCCGCUGGGCAGCACGGGGGGCCCGCUGCUAAGCAGCGAGCCGGUGGCGAAGGUCGCGGAGCGGAAGGGCACGGGGCCCGUGGCGGUGUUGUUGAGUUAUCAUGUGGCCCGCGGCUCCACGGUCCUCGCCAAGUCAGUGACCGCGUCGCGCAUCAAGGCGAACCUGGAGCUCGUCGACCUCGACGCCGAGGACCUGCGGAUCCUGGACGAGUACUCGGAGCGCCUCGUGAAGGAGGGACGGGUCGAGCGCUACGUCUACCCGCCCUUCGGCAUCAACUUCGGGUUUCCCGACAAGAAUGAGGGGAGGGCUUUGCCUAAUGGUGUUUAGAAUGGUGGUUAUUGGGG